GUAGAUGUUUGUUUGCUAUUUUGUCUUCAUAAUAUCAUUAUCUUGAUGCUGUAAAAAAAAAACAAAAAAAAAACCUUUGUACUCAUUGUGCUGUUUGUAUGCUUUUAAAUAAAUUCACAGACCGUUCGAAAUAGGAAAGUGUUGUGUGCAGGAAACUAAUGGAUGAGAUGUGCUUUCUACUGUACUGUAAAAUGACUGUUUGUCAACAUCCUCAUAAAUGUUCAUUCAAAAGAAUAAGAGCUCUGGCAGUGGUUCUAGCAAAAGAGCCCAAACUGAUGGAACAUUUUCAGUUGAGAGUCAGGUUAACGAAGUCACCAGUAAAGGAGUCAGAAUCAAUUUAGGUCAGCAUUACCUGUACCGCACAACAUUACAAGAUGUGCAGCAGUAUAAUCCCAUGAAGAGACUUCUCUGAGGAAUAUACAGUACAGUGUGUACUAAUAGUACAUUUAGUUGUAAUUAAAGCAAAACCCACUUACAAUACUACACUAAAACGUUGACAAAUGGUGAACUGUGUUUGUAGAUGAAAAAAGUACCAAAGGAUAUGAUCCUCUUUCAUUAAUGCGAUCUACUACAUAACCUAGUGGGUGCACAGUACUUGGCCUCCAUUACUACUGGAGGGGAGGGGAGGGGAGGAUACACAAGAUAUUAAUCAGGAAGUAGCCUAGUGCCAGCCCAGCUUUGGGCCACACUUACUACACUAACCCCUCCCAACUUCUUUUCCAACCUUUGGACUUUGGCAGCCAAUCACUGUGCUGAGUAACAAAAAAAAAAAAAAGAAAAGAGAAAAAUAAGCAGAGUAUGAAUCUACAGGGUGGGGCUAAUGAGGCAUUUGGCUCCUCUGGAGCGUGCCCUGUAGUAAACUCACUUCACUCCACACAUGGACAGAUUAGACAGAGGGAGAGACUGCAGCUGCUCCCGAGGGAGAAUCCCCACCCCCACCCAAUAUAUGUUGGGUAAAGGGGCAAAGCGGAAGCUUGACGAACAUGAAGAUGGGCUGGAAGGCAAAGUGGCGGCGUCGGCGGGGGGCGGCCCCUCGAAGGUGUCCUACACCCUGCAGCGGCAGACCAUCUUCAACAUCUCCCUCAUGAAGCUGUACAACCACCGGGCACUGACGGAGCCCAGCCUGCAGAAGCGGGUGCUCAUCAACAACAUGCUGCGGCGCAUCCAGGAGGAGCUCAAGCAGGAGGGCAGCCUGCGACCCAUGUUCUUCGCUGCCUCCCAGCCGCAAGACGACCCCCUGGACGAGGGCUACCGGGAGGCCCAACCAGCCUUUAGCAUCCUGUCAGCUGCUGCACAGCCGGCCCAGCCCUCUGCUCUCACAAGCACUACACCACUAGAGUCCUGCCUCACCCCUGCCUCCCUCCUUGAGGAUGAUGCUUCUUUUUGCACUUCUCCUCCAAGUCCGACUCCCCACCCCCAGCACGACGGGCUUACCAAACCACCUCCACCACACCCACUGGUGGCUAUUAAAGACAGCUUUUCCUCAGCCUUGGAUGAAAUAGAGGAGCUUUGUCCCACAUCUACCUCCCCUGAGACGGCAGCAGUGACAGCGACAGCUCCCAAAAUCCCGCCGCCACCGCCGUCGCCACCACCUGUAUUAGACUCUAAAGACCUUGAGACCAAGGUCUGUAGCCAAAAGUUUGAGGGACUGGUCACACAGCAGGAGAGCAAAGCAUCCGCAGCUGCUGAAUCCAAGCUAAUGGACUCGUCGUCCCCCAGUAACUUUGAGAUUACGACUUCCACAGGUUUUCUCACAGACCUAGCCCUGGACGACAUCCUGUUUGCUGAUAUUGACACCUCUAUGUACGAUUUUGACCCAUGCACGUCCACUACGGGGACCACCUCCAAAAUAGCCCCUGUAACAGCAGACGAUCUCCUCAAAACCUUAUCUCCUUAUAACAAUCAACCAGUCACCCCAAAUCAGCCUUUCAAAAUGGACCUCACAGAACUGGACCACAUAAUGGAAGUACUUGUUGGCUCUUGAUCAGAGAAAAAAAAAUAUUCAAGAAACCUUUACUUUGUAUUUGUACAGUUUUUUUAUAUAAGAAAUAUACUGGUGAUAAUGACACCCUGUACUUCAACACUGUGCAUGCUUCCUUGCUUGCCUUUUAGAAAAGAAAAUGAGGAUCACACUAGGCUUUUAGCAGAACUCGAGUGCCUUCAUCUGUGUACGACCACUUUGUAAAUUCUGGUUCUGUGUUAUUUUUAUUUUUAUUUUAAAUCUUCAUUGAGAGAUACGUCUACCUGUAGAAAACGCAAAAAUUCCCACAAACAGUUAUGUUCUGGUGCAAAGAAUGGACUUCAAAAUGUUAAGCACAAAGAAUAUACAGAGAGUGUUGAAUUGCAUGGGCAUUUCUGUGGAUUUUUGUUUUCAGUAAUGUUUAUUGUAAGAGAAUUUAUUUAAAUUGUGUUUUUUUUUUUUUUUUCCUGAACAUUUUAAGGCGGCCCAUUUUGAUCUAAAAGUUCUGUGCUUAUCGGCAUUACACAGCUGUUUAAAAAAUGCUGCCCAAAUUUAUUUUAUAUUUUUCUACAAUUUCUGCAAGUGUUGGUAUUGUUUUCUAAAAGAGAAAAAAAAAAGUUUCUACAUAAAGUAGCUAUUUUGAUAGGACGUGCUCCAAGACAUCUUGCUUACUUCAAACGUACAAGAUGGACUUGUACUUUUUAUACAAAUAGUGUGACGUUUUUAUAUGUGAAAGUACUGGAUCAAACAAGUCUGCAAUAUAAGUUUACUGGAUGCAAAUACAUGUGCUUUAGGGAAGGUGAGGGUAUUUCAGUAGAGGGUUCACACAUUUAUCUGUUUGUGAACUAAAACUGCAGCGUUCAAGUUUUGGGAUUACUAAACUGGCAAUACAUUUACUUGCUAACCACUCACUGUGACAAACUAACGUAUAUAAGAGAGAAAUCAGAAAACCUAAGACUUUCAGUAUCCACAGCCACUAAACAAAGGCUUACAGUAUCUAUUAGUUUCAAAAGCAUUGUAUUGAUUGGCUAACGUUUUUCAUAUUUGAUUUGUAUAUUAAGAUAUUGGAGUACCCACUAAAAGCUGACCUUAAGGGGCAGCCGUAUGAAUGGAAAAGACAUUUUGUCGUUUAAAAGGAAAGGAAAUGGCUGAUUUCUUGUUUUAAAAGCCUGAAAACAUGUUUACUUACAUUAAGUUUUGAAUUGAAGGUGUAAGCAGUGAGUGAUCAUUCUACAGAUCCACAUGACUUGAUUUGACAUUCCUAAUGUGGGCAGUAUAUAAGAAAAAACAUUUGUUCUUCCAGAGUCAUUCAACCCAAGCUUUCUUAAAGCACACAAUUCUCUGUGUUGAGAGCGCUGUUUUAAAAUAAAAGUACAGUAUGUCUAAAUAUCACGUCCGUGAAUCCAGUUCCCACAUGAAGAAACUAGCAGCUGAUGGCCUGUAUGUGACCUGACAUCACUUCUAAUUCAGGAGUCAGCAACAUGACAUCACUUUGCAUUUGUAAUAUGACUGGUCAAUUGUUUCAGUGAUGUAACUGCUUUACAAUUUCAAAACACUUUAUUUAAUUUUGUUUUACCAUCAGUAUACAGGUGAACCUAGGUUUAUAUGCAUGUUUUCCUCUGGAUCUACGACCUUUCUUUACAAAAGCUUAAUUGCACCAAAAGCAUAUUUUAAUUAAUUGUCUUGUAUGUUGUUGUUUUUUUUUUUUUUAAAGUAUAGAAACAAUUGCAAUGUAUCAUGCCUGUUGCCAAAUUACUAUGGCAUUUGUAGCUUUUUAAUGGUACUCUUUAGCUGUUUGUGUGCAGGGUUACAACUUGUAUUGUUGAAAAUGCAUAUGGCUUCUUUUAGAAAUAACUUUUAUAAUUUAUUUAAGUUUUUUUUAUUAUUAUUUUGUUUUACGCCAUCCCUUUUUUCUUUUUUUCUUUCUUUUUUUCUGCUCUCUCCUCGUCACGGAUAAGGUUGGGUUGGUCUUGUUUUAGGGCAGACUGGCACUUCAACUCACUGCACAGGUUUUAGAUGAAGGAGUGCAGAUUUUCGUUAUGCACUCUGUAGUUAAAUUGCACCUUUUCUUGUUUUUGUUUUUUUCUUUCCCUCAAUUGGGUCUUCAUUUAUGUCUGUACUGCAAUUUUAAAAAAGGUUAUAUACUAAAGCUUUUCGAUAACCACUUUAAGCAGGUUUCUUUAAAGGAUACCUCAUAGAAGGUAGCACAUAAAGGGGACUGGGCUGUAUUCAGUUGGUGUAGAAAGCCAGCGUAGACUUAUUUGGGACCAUUGACUGGAAUCUUUUUUUGUUUUUGCUUUUAAACUGACACAUUCAUUCCUAGUUUGCAAAUGCUGUUUUACCUUUCAUUCCUCUAAGCUCUGUAAUACUCUACCCUAAAAUGUGAAUUUUCUCAGCUAUAGGCUAAAAAGUGAUCUGAUCAGCUUAUGUAAGCAACCCCACAUUUACACCACACCCCCUCAAAGGCCCAUCUACAUUUAAAUAUAGCAGUCUGUCUCGGAGGCGGUGCAUUAUAAAAGGAGUUGAAACUGUGAACAAAGGCUUUUUUAACUGUUAUUUAGGGGAAUGAUUAACAAAAAUAUGUCAGCGCUGUUUAAAGUGGUUAUCUUAAGUUUUUAUAUGUAGUUCAAGUAUAGUAGACAAAAAUGCCUUUUCAAAGUUGUAAUUUUAAUUUUUUUCCUGCUGACCACAGGGUUCUCGCACAACCAGCCUGCACAAAUAUUGCGUCUUCCCAUCUGCUGUUGGGUUCUUUGAAGUGAAUGCCAAUAAAGAUUAUCAGAGGCCAGAAUGGCAGUAGCAUUUCAGAUCAAUUUGUAUCUGUCAGACAACUGCCUCUCUCUUCUCUUAAAACAAAACUGUAUAAAAAACAUAAGAAACCAACACAAUUUGCAGCACAUUUCCUUAUACUUUUUUGUAAUUUAUUUUUCUGUUUGAUGUGCAUUUAACUUUGAAGUAGUGUUUGAGGGGUUGCAUCAUAUACCUAAUGACCUUGUCAAGGGCCGUUGCAGUGCAGCCAUUUGAGAAUACAGAAGGACUCUCGGUGAGGAAUAAUAUAUUGGGGCGGGGGGGGGGGGGGGCGCAACAACUAGUAUUUAUUGUACAGAAGUAAAUUGAACAAUUAUGAAGUGACAUGGAGAGAGCAGACUGGACAACUACAAAAAAAGAAAACCUGGGUUUUGAAGUGAUUUUUGUUUUCAUUAAGUUAUUUAUUCUUUGUUUUCUGUGUAAAUAUAUUUAUUUUAUUGUGAAGCUAACAUGUGGAUUGUAAUGUGUACAGAAUGUAUGGUAGGAAUGUACUUUCCUGCAGGAAUGUAUAUUUUGUAUUGAAAGGGGGUGGAAGCCAUGUUCAAGGAUUGCAUUUUUUUUAAAAAAAAAUAUACAGUAUAUAUGUUUUUCUGUCUGAUUCUUUGUUCACACACCAUUAACCCCACCCCACCAUAACCCACCCACCACCUCCAAAAUUACAGUGAAGGGGGUUUAGUUGUAAAGCAUUUGUUAAUUGCAUAUAAAAAAGGGAUGUGCUAUCGUACUUUUAUUUACACAUGGUUUCUAAUCCAAAGCUUGCUUGACAAUGUAGGACGUCAGUGACUUACGCCAACUUAAGACACUGCAAUGCUUACAGUACGUACAUAAACUUAAAAAAAAUCUAUAUAUAUAAUAUAUAUAUUCUCCACCCCCCCCCC